AUGUUGAGUGGCCAGGCUCGCCACGAUGUGCAAUGUAGGAGCCCCUCCACGGCAGACCGCCUUCUUGAUCGCGGUUGCCCAAACAAGAGAAUCAAAAAGAAGGGGGGCCCAGGGCGGUAUUUAUACGGUGCGCCAGACGACGCUAGGGACGCUAACAACGGCGCUAGCCUAAGCGAGUCUGCAGCGAGGGCGGUGAUUGGCUGA